CCUGAACAAGUCGCGUAUUACAUCACCUGAAUGCAGUCGAUAACAAUCGAAACGAUGGAGAGCCAUGCUUGCGCUCGCGACGCUGGAGGAUGGAGCUGCCACAUCACCUGAAGCACAUACUCGUUGACAUAACCCCGACCGGAUUCACGAUAGAGCAUCACACGUACGAGAGAAGUCCAUCGGUAGGACGAGCGACUGGUGAGUAGCGAGGGAGCUUUUAAUCCGCACUGUGCCCCGACCCUUGACAGCAUUUCAUGCUUGAUGUGGCAGUUGGGACUGCAACGAACCAGUCCAGCGGAUGGACGAUGGGAAGGUACAAGACGUGAUCCACUUGGAUGUGCGCGGCAUUCUGGAAGCGAUCAACGUUCGACUGGGUGGCCUGGAAGAUCAAGUGCCGAUGCUGAGAGAUCAAUAUCACAAAACUGCUGCAAUGCGAGCAGCCCCCCGCCAUCGUCGAUGCCGAUUCCGACGGCAGCCUGCCAUCACGCCCGCUAGAACUUGUCGCCGAUCCAAUGCACAGCUCGAAGGCACGCAAGAGCACUCCUCCGUCGUCUUGUCUUCCGCUGUCACCCGUUACUCAUGACAAUGGCGGUAUCCACGCAUUCAUGGCAGGCGAAGUUUGGUCGCCCCAGCCAGCUCCUCCGUUCGGAUUGCGCCAACAGCAACAUCGCCCCCAACGUCCACGUCAAAGUGCUCGAGUGCGCGGCGGAAUGGAAGAUAUACCAGGUCCACGACCCCGACAUUGUUGAAAACACCCGUCCCAACUUCCCCGCGACGGACGCUUCCGACAACGUCGCCCUGAUUCGGUGUCUGCUCAACUCUUUCCUGCUCCCCGGUUCAUCAUCGUCGACUCCAACCUCGUUGAAGCGAGUGCCGAUUCCCUCUCGCACAGCGCUCUACUUUCGACUUCCCCAAGGAACCGCCUUGUUCCAAAUGACCUCUUCGGCUGGGGCGAUGGCUCGACACCCACCGGGCACCAGAGCCUUGGCUGCCACGUCGAUGUGGCAGCUCUCGUUCCACGGCGACCUCGUGCACCUGUACGCUUUGUUACUUGACCACGAAUGA